CUGGCCACCCUGCCAAAAUAAUGGUGAUCUUUGUUACAGAUGAGCGCACGAAAACGUGGAACUGUGAAGAUUAUUCUAAGGCUUUGAUUCGAAUUGUAGCCUACCUCCUUGUAAAAUUGUCUUUAUUAGGCUAUAGCCCUUAGGCCUAUUAAAUUCAGAGUGCAAUGUAGGCUAUAUUUGGCUAGCAGCUGUAUUUAUGUAGGCCUAUUGCUACUGGAUACCUUUAUUUCCUACUCUAUACUCAUAUAGGCUAAUAGUCUAUUUGCCUGAUCUGAGUGUCUCCAUCCAGCCUAUUCACAAACAAAAGUGUGUUUCACCAUUGCAAUUUUGGGGUCCUUUAAUUGGCUGUCAUUCUGUGGGUCGCAGGUGCACUAAAAAGCUCAUGAAUAUUCCGGAAUUAUUCAUGGAUAUCCCCCUCCUCAACCGAGCCAUCUACAUAAAUGAAACUACAUGGACAAAAGCCCAUACUCAGUUGGCAGGGGUUACUCUGAAAGGGUACCACAACGUUGUCAACCUCAUCGUAUCAUCAAAAGGCAGACGUCACAGACUACCCAAGGAUAGCGAUUCUUGGACAGAGCCGUCUGUCGGUCGUGUGGGGCUCAUCGGGGUGGGUUUUUACGCACGGACUUUGUUGUUUUCCACUGUUUUGCUUUUCACGAAUUAUAACUUGGUUGGGUUUUAAUUCUCCUUAAAAGUUGGCACUGACUGUGGUUGACCGCCGGUUGUCUUUUCUUUUAUGAUAUUUUUUGUAUCCAUUCACUGAUCGCCAUGCUGCGUCUCGCAGAACGAAUCGCUUGGAUUUCAGCCUAGCCAUCGCGACUCGCAGCCUGCUCACUUGCAUUCAUCACACGGCGUCUAGAGUAAAGAACCAAAAAAAAGAAGAGGGAGAGAAGCAGCCUCUAAUUCAAGAGACAAGAAGGACGGAUCUUUACAAGCAAGUCUCCCACGGCGGACACUAAGGUUCAUGCUCAGGAAUAUUCCACCCAAAGCGUGGCUAUAGCGACCAUAGGGAUGGGAUACACUAACAAAACCGUGAGAGGAUGCGCCCUCCUGCUGUGGAUCGGUACUCUAUUGCUCCUGGCGGAGGGCAGGAGACCGAAGACACCCCGCUGCCCCGCAUCUUGCACAUGCACCAAAGAUAAUGCCUUAUGUGAAAACAUACGAUCGGUUCCCCACAGUUUCCCACCUGACGUGGUGUCACUCUCUUUUGUGAAAUCUGGAUUCACCGAGAUUGCGGGGGGAAGCUUCCUGCACACUCCUGCUCUACAGCUUCUUCUGUUCACAGCCAACUCUUUUGACUCCAUUGAUGAGGACGCAUUCCUGGGCCUGCCACACCUGGAGUACUUGUUCAUUGAGAACAACAAAAUCGAUUCGAUAUCGCCUUACGCAUUCCGUGGUCUGAAGUCCCUCAUUCACCUGAGCCUUGCCUACAACAACCUCGAGUCCCUGCCGAAAGAUGUCUUCAAGGGGAUGGAUGCCUUAACAAAAGUGGACCUGAGAGGGAACCAAUUUCACUGUGACUGUAAGCUGAAGUGGCUGGUGGAGUGGAUGUUCAACACCAACGCCACGGUGGACCAGAUCUUCUGCGCCGGGCCGCCCCUCUACCAGGGCAAGAAGAUCAACGACCUCGUGCCUCAGUCCUUCGACUGCAUCACAGCAGAGUUCGCCUCUCACCAGCCCCUCAAAUUCGAGUCCAUCUCGGUGGAGGCCUUUGCAUUUGGAAAUGAUCAAUACGUGGUGUUUGCACAACCUUUCACUGGAACUUGCAGCUUCCUGGAAUGGGACCACGUGGAGAUGGUCUUCAGGACCUACGACAGCAUCGAGAGCACCUCCACGGUGGUGUGUAAGCCGCUGGUGAUCGAUGAGCAGCUCUUUGUGGUCGUGGCGCAGCUGUUUGGCGGCUCACACAUCUACAAACGGGAUGUGUCGGCCAACAAGUUCAUCAAGAACCAGGACAUCGACUUCCUGAAGAUCCGCAAGCCCAACGACAUCGAGACGUUCCGCAUCGACGGCGAGCACUUCUUCGUCAUCGCCGACAGCUCCAAGGCCGGCUCGACGACCGUCUACAAGUGGAACGGCAACGGGUUCUACUCGCACCAGUCGCUCCACCCGUGGUACCGGGACACGGACGUCGAGUACCUGGAGAUCGGCGGCAAGCCGCACCUGGUCCUCUCCAGCAGCUCGCAGCGCCCAGUCAUCUACAGCUGGAACAAGGCGGCGAAGCAGUUCGAGCGGCGCACCGACAUCCCCGAGAUGGAGGACGUGUACGCCGUCAAGCACUUCCACGUCAAGAGCGAGCUCUACAUCUGCCUGACGCGCUUCAUUGGCGACUCCAAGGUGAUGCGCUGGGAUGGCAACAUGUUUGUGGAGCUCCAGACUAUGCCGUCGCGCGGCUCCAUGGUCUUCCAGCCCGUGGCCAUCGGCAGCUGGCAGUACGCCGUCCUGGGCAGCGAUUACUCACUCACGCAGGUGUACCAGUGGGAUGUCAAGAAGGGCCAGUUCGUCCACUUCCAGGAGCUCAACAUCCAGGCACCGCGGGCCUUCGCCCUCGUCUCCAUUGACAACAAGGAGUUCCUGCUCGCCUCCAGCUUCAAGGGCAGGAGCCAGAUCUACGAGCACCUGAUCAUUGAUCUGAGUACCUAAACAACGGCUCAUAAACAACAAUAAACAACGACAAUAAACAACGACAACAAACAACGACAACAAACAACGACAACAGCAACGACAACAACAGGGAGCAACGACAGCAGUAAGGAGCAACGACAGCAACAUAACGCAGGAGCCAGAUCUACGAGCACCUGAUCAUUGAUCUGAGCACCUAAACAACGGCUCAUAAACAACAAUAAACAACAACAACAAACAACGACAACAGCAACGACAACAACAAGGAGUAACGACAACAACAAGGAGCAACGACAGCAACAUAAAGACAGGAGCCAGAUCUAUGAGCACCUGAUCAUUGAUCUGAGCACCUAAACGGCUUAUAAACAACAACAACAACAGCAACAACGACAACAACAACAAGGAACAGUGACAGCAACUAAAUGGCGUCUGCUUGGCCCACAGGAAAAGAGGAGUCAGAUUUACAGGCACCUGAUCUGAUCCUAACCCAAGACCAGCAAACAAACCACAACAAAAAAUGUUGUCUGCUUUCCCCACAAAAAGGCAGAAGUCAGAUUUACCAGCAGCUGAUCAAGGAUCUGAGUAACUAAAUGCUCACAAACGGUGAACGGCCACCUGGAUUCACAAGCUACCGUCCAGUGCCACAUAUUCCAAAAAACUGCUUUUACAUGUCCAAUUAGUCACAAUUUCCCAAUGUCAAGUGUUCUAGCCUUGGUAGUGUGUGAAACACCCAGUGAUUGUAUUCUGAGAACUUUCUCUUUGGUGAGCUCCGCAGAGUAUCCAAUCACUAGGCGUUUCACGCACUACCAAGCCUAGAGCACUUGACAUUGGGAAAUGGUGAGAGUAUUUUGGACAGGUAAAACCAAGUCUUUGGCAAAAUGUGUCACUGGAUUGUCACUUCUAAAUCCAGGUUGCCCACCAACGCUUACAAUCAUCAACAACAACGACAAACAAUGACGGACAACGAAAGCAACAAAACAAUGUCUUCUUGGUCGACAAGAAGGCAGGAGCCAGAUUUACAAGCACCGGAUCGAUGAUCUGAGCAACUAAACGCUUACAAACAAGACCAGCAAACAAUGACAACAAACAAAAUGGCAUUUGCUCGUGCUUGGCCCACAAGACAGGAAAGUUGAGAGCUAAAGUGGAGGACAAAAAUGCAGUAACACUGACAAAUACUGACAGAGACAGACUAAGUGCAUGAUAUAACCAGUGCUAAUAAUAAUGAAAAACACAGCCUCUCUCUCAGAUGAAUGCCUUGCUAGAAACAUCCUUUGUAUCCUUCUCUGUUGUCACCAACAGUUCUGCACUUUUUCACUUUUUCCUCUUUUCUCUCCUUUAAACAAAAGCCAUUGUCUGUGUAUUCUCUAAAAUUACAAGCUCCCCCAAACAUGUGCUAGAAUUGUUUACCGAGGAUUUUAAAUAAAGAAACACAAAAACA